CCUGGCCAAAACCUGGAUUUUCUCUUCUAUUGGUUUUUUAGUCACAUACCAAAACAAGCCUUUCAAGUAAGAAACAAACUGUUUGAAGAAGAAAAGAACCUACAAAUUCUCUUUUCUUCUACAAAUUAACUUUCAAACCCCUCCAUUUUCUUUUCCACAACAGCAAAGUAUAAUCCAUAAAAUACAUUAAAAGCUCCUCUCUUUUCUUUCUUUCUUUCUUUCUUUCUGUAGUUCACAAGAAUCAAAUAUAUUACUCUCUCUUUUUUUUCAAGAAAGAAUGAGAAAUAUAGCAAGUUGUUACAAUGAACAUGCUAUAAAAGUAACAGAUUCAUAUUGUUCAGGUCCAAAAAAUCAUGUUUACUUAUCACCAAACCUAAUUCCUUCAAUCCAAAAUGUUGUUACUUGUCUUUACAAAGCCAAACUCUACACAGAGAAGCAGUUUUUCAUCAAAAUCACAUGGUGUAGCUUAAUAGAACAAGGGUUCUCAAUUAGCAUAAGUGACUAUCCUUGUUCUUCCUCCAAAUUUACAAAGAAUUUCAAGAAAAUAGACAAGGUAAAAGGCUCAAAUAUUAUUGAAUGUUUUAACUCAAUAUUCAAUAUUUUCUGGGAUCUCUCCAGUGCUACAUAUGAAGCAGGUCCUGAACCGAUCAACGGGUUUUAUGUAAAAGUCCUAGUGAAUUCUGAGGUGGGGUUAGUACUAGGAGAUAUGGAACAAGAGAUUGAGUUCAAGAAUUCAGUUUCUAAUAUUGGAACGGCGAGAUUUACAUUGGUUUCAAGAAGUGAACAUUUUUCGGGCAGUUGUAUUUUUGCAACUAAGGUUAAGUUCUGUGACAGUGGAAAAUGUCAUGACAUACUGAUUAAGUGCGCAGGAGAAGAAAAAAAGAGUGCAAAUGACAUAUUCAAGAAUUCAGCUUUGUCUGUUACAAUUGAUAAUAAGAAUGUUAUACAAGUUAAGAGAUUACAAUGGAAUUUUCGCGGAAAUCAGACGAUUUUUUUGGAUGGAUUGUUAAUAGAUAUGAUGUGGGAUGCUCAUGAUUGGUUGUUUAAUUCAAAAUCUGGAUUUGCUAUGUUUAUGUUUAGGACAAGGAGUGGUUUGGAUAGUAGGUUGUGGUUAGAAGAGAAGAAUUUGCAGCAAAAAGAACAAGAAAAAGUUGGAUUUUCUUUGUUGAUUUGUGCUAGUAAAAAUCCUGAUUAAUUCAGGGGAAAAAAGGAGUCAUGUUCUAGUUUUUCAUUUUAGUUUUCUGUCUCUUAUUUAUCUUCUUCUUUUUUGUUGAAGAUAUAUAGGAAAGGAGUUUGGUUAAUUCAGAUAUGGAAUUGUAAAUGAAUAUUUACUUUUCAAAGUCUUCA